GCUGACAUUUUGCGUUUGACCGGGUUUCUACUGCGCCGCUUAUUAUUCUAGAAGGAAAUAUUAAGCAUUGCUUUUUUGGUGUCUUGCAUGCCCCAGACUCAAAACUACCCUGCAACGAUCAAUUGACUACUGUACGUAAUAUCAAUCAGCAAUCGUCGCAUAACAUGUUACAUAUUACCAGUCUCGGCCCUUCGUCAAUUAUCACCUCCCUCUUAAGGCUGCCUCCCGCGGUGGAGAGGACUCUAUACGGGGGCAUUCGCUAAGGUAAAUCCGGAAUCAUCUCCGGAGACCGAUCACCUUAUAACCCACCAUAUAAGGGUACAGUACACAGCUCAAGUGGUUCCGUUGCUUGGCUAUCGCGGAGACCAUGAAUCUUACCCUGGAUGGAAUAAGCACAAGUUAUUGAGAAGUGUAAUGCAAUAGUUCAGGGGAAUAAUAUCGGGGAACUUGAAAGAGGUCGGUUAUCGUUUACCGAUACCCACAUGUGAAAGAAGCCAAGACUGCAGCCGAGAAGCAAAGCGCAAGGUCUAGGAGAUAAAGAGCAGGUAACAUUUACCCAGAAUCGAUAGCUAAGAAAAGAGGCUUGCAUAGAAGCGAACGCUUUGAUGCAAAGAAACUGAAUCGAAAAGAGACAUGUCACUCUUCAAAUAAAAAGAAAAGAGUGUAAGAAAAAGCCUCCCACGAGUCACGUAAUUCAAGAUGCCUCAUUCGGUAAGUGGGGAGGAUCUGUGCUCCUCUUUGACAGGACUAUGGAUAGAAGCAGUAAUUAUCGCGACCAUCAAUCUUCUAAUCUUGGCUCGGAUAGCUCGGUCUCAACUUCAAGAUAAGCGCAAAAGUGACAGAGGGGAGCUGAGACAAUUCUGUUACUGACGAUCCGGCUCAAUCUUCCCUUGGCUUGAGGGGGAGGGCCUUCAUGGAGUGAUCACUGAGUCAAGUCCCCUGGUGCCCACGCGAUCGGUUGCUUGGCGCAGGAAACUAGCAAAGUCUAUUGGCAGCCAUGAGCCCACUGUAAAUCAGCGUCUAGCUUAUUCGGGGAGAUAAAAAACAGGGUCAGCGGCCAUGAUCCGUUGAUAGAGCGCCCAAGGAAUGGAUAUGGGAAGACGUUACGCGAGGGCUGGGCGCCACUGUGCCAGUUUAGUUCGCCACCGAAAGAAAAAAGAGCGCUUCCAUCCUUCCAGGGCUUGUUCAGGCCUUGUCUAGGGCAGGGUGGUGUUCUAGACGUAACAUGAUCUACUGGCUCAGCUUGCAUCAAGGGGUCCCCCAUGCCCUGCGUCUAUGACUGCAAGCAUUUGAAUCACAAUCGCCUGCAAAACGUGGCAAAACUGCAUUGCCAUUCCUCCGAUCGUGCAGCUUCGUUCCCACUGAAUUGAGACAAGGAUGAUAGCGAAUCAGAGCCUCAUCCCAGCUAAUGUGCCCUCUCCCAAGGACCGACGACACCCGCAUCUUUUGUUCGGUCCAACGAUGCUUGAAGAAUCAGUGGCGUAAAAUCGGGACUAAUGUCAGCUCUAGACCAAGCUAAAGAACUGGUUUGUCCCCCCCGAUCCCCUGAGACGGUUUUCAUUCCUAAAUCUCGAAAAACUCCACCUUCGGAGGAAAUAAUAAAAACUAAACCCAAGCUCUUGGUUUCCCGUUUUCCCCCCUUUAACCCACCCCCGCGUUGCUUGUGUUGUUGCUGCGUUGCGUCCGUCUUUCUUUUUUAUUUCCAGUGUCUCAUUCAGACCAAGUCAUGCGCCGUUGCAUCCUCGACAGCCCUUCCACGUCGAAUUGACACCAACACCACUACGAAAUCACCCGUCGUCGAUCCCCCCGAAACCGACAACCCAGACGAAGCCGAUUUGUAGACAAAUUAAUUACGUGCGACCGACAAAAUGACGGCGUUUGAGGCUGAGAUAUGGACUUGGUACAGUCUAUCGUGGAUCAUUGUCAUUGCCAGAAUGAUAUCACGACGGAUGUUACUGGGUUCAGUCAAGAAGCUACAAGUUGAGGAUUACUUGAUGGUAGUAGCAAUGUUCACCGAUACCGUGUUAAUGGUCGGCAUGUCGAUUAUUUCGCAAACGAGCAGCAACCUCAUCGAUCCCAGCGAACACGUCGUCCUCGAUGCCGAGGAGAUUAGAACGAGAGAGUACGGAUCGAAAUGGGUCUUGGUCGUCGAGCAGAUGCAGAUUGUCACCAUUUGGCUCAUGAAGUACUGCCUGUUGCUCAUGUACAACCGCCUCACAAUGAGUUUGAGUCAGAACUUGGCUGUCAAGUUUGUCGCCGCCUAUGUCACUGCUGGUUUCGUCAUCAUGGAGAUCUUGUACCUUGGUGUUUGGUGUCGUCCAUUUAACCAGUACUGGGCUGUUCCUCCAAAGAACACUCAAUGUUCUGCUGCGACGAACCAUCUCAUCACCAACGCCGUCAUUAACAUUACAUCCGAUAUUAUGAUCAUUCUCAUCCCAAUGCCAAUCUUUCUCAAGUCGCAGCUCCCAUUGAAGCGCAAGGCUGUCCUCAUUGGCGUCUUCGCAUUGGGUGCCUUCACUAUCCUCUCCGCCAUCCUCAACAAGUUCUACAGUUUCAACGAACCCUUCGGCUCAAACUGGACGUUCUGGUACAUCCGCGAAUCCUCCACCGCCAUCAUAACCGCCAACCUUCCCUACAUCUGGACCCUCCUCCGCCGCAUCUUCAAGCUCGGCUCAUUCAGCGGCUCGACAUACGGCAAGAGCACAAACAACCCCUCCAAAGCAUACCGCUCAAACUUCACCAACCAUCGCUCCGUCGUGCGCUCCCAAGUCCGCGCGGAGCAUAACCUGCACCAAGUCGACAGUGAGGAAGAGAUCAACGCCACAUACGCUCUACCGCUCAAGAUCUACGCUAAGCACGAGAUUCAAAUCACGAGUGAAGAUGCUGGUCCUGAAGAUAGGAGAGGACCCGUGGGGUGCAUCCCUGAUGAGUUGAUGAGCCAUAGCAAGGACAGCAUACGGACCGAUGAUGUAGAGACAAACUCUGAAAGAUCGGCUGCCGGUGUUGUCAAGGUCUAUCACGGAGUAUAGAUUUGGAUGGGCGACCAUUUGUAUCAUUUUUGUUUUUUAAUAUUUGAUGAUUUGGGUAAACGCCUGGAUCAGAAUACCCAGCGAUGUAUAAUUUGCCCGUAUAGAUAGAAUCGUGCCUAUAGCACCAGAAGCGAUAUCAACAAGCUCUUGUCACAAGUAUUCUCUUUCCAGCCAUGCUUCACCUCAAUCACUGCACGUUUGAGGGGUUCUC